UAUACUAUAUUCUCAACAGAUGUCGCCACUCCGCUAGAGCAUGUUGAGCACGAAGUGGCUAGUGCUGUGGUCGCUAUGGGCGGCGCGGCUGGCGCGGCAGCCGACGGCGCCGCUGCGCGUGAGCAGCGGGCUGCUGCGCGGGAGCGUCGCGCAUGACGGCUCACAUGUCGCGUACUUGAGCAUACCAUAUGCCACUGUCAAUCGUCGGUUUCAGGCACCUGGACCAGAACCAAAAUGGGAUGGCAUCUUCGAAGCCUACGACGAGAACGUCAAAUGCACCCAACGACUCACCAGCUCCAUAAUCAUGGGUCAGGAAGACUGCCUCGUCCUAAACGUCUACACUCCUCCCCAGUCUUCCCAUCCUCAGUCUGCCCUUCCAGUCCUCGUGUUCAUCCAUGGCGGAGGCUUUAGAGAUGGCUCUGGAUCUCCUUUCCUCUACGGGCCACAGUACUUAGUCAAGCAUGGAGUCAUACUCGUCACAUUCAACUAUAGAUUAGAAAUCCUAGGCUUCCUAUGUUUAGGCACUAAGGAAGCCCCCGGCAAUGCUGGCUUGAAAGACCAAGUUGCAGCUUUAAGAUGGAUCAAGAAGAAUAUUAGAGCGUUUGGUGGAGAUCCUGAUAAUGUUACUAUUUUUGGAGAAAGCGCUGGGUCUGCUUCCGUUUCCUACCAUCUGAUAUCACCUAUGUCGAAAGGACUGUUCCAUAAAGCCAUCAUGCAAAGCGGAACAGCAAUGUCUCCGUGGAGUUUUCAGUUUGAGCCUUUACAAGUCGCUAAAACAUACAUUCAACAGUUUGGCUAUACUACAGACAAUACAAGCGAAUUUUACAAAAUAUUGAUGACAAAAUCCGAUCAGCAGUUGAUGAAAACUCGAGUACCGAGAAAAGAGGGCGACAUAGUCCUAUCAGAAAACAUUUUCGUGCCUUGUGUCGAGACAAAGAUAACAGGCGUUGAGCAAUUCUUGCCAGAUAAACCCUUUAAUCUUAUAUCUAAAGGAAAUUAUCAUAAAAUGCCAAUUAUAAUAGGAUAUAACAAUGCAGAAGGGUAUAUGUUUACUGCUAAAGAGAAUGACACAACAAUAGCUAAAUUAGAUUUUUACAAAGCCUUACCAAGAGAUCUUGAUAUUAAAAACGAAGAAGACAAAAGAGCUAUAGCCGAUAAGUUAAAGGAACUAUACAUGGGUGAUAAAGCAAUCUCAAAGAAGACUAUUGUGGAGUUCUCUCAUUAUGAAGGUGAUACCGGGAUUAUGUAUCCAGUCUUAGCCACAAUAGACCUGCUUCUCAAGACAAGUACGGAGCCAAUAUUCACAUAUAGAUUAGACUACGAUGGUUGGCUGAACGUGGCCAAGUUUUUCUGUGGGUGGGGAAAAUCUCCUGGGGCUACACACGCUGAUGAACUCUUUUAUAUGUUUAAGCCACUUUUCCCUACUGCUUAUUUGAUGGAACAAGACAUAGUGGAUGUUAUUAGUAGAAUGUGGACAAAUUUUGCAAAAUUUGGAAACCCGAUUCCAGCGCCAUUUUCUCUCCUAAAAUGGCCGCCAAGCACCCGGACAGACGCCCGUCUUCUAGUCAUAGACAAGCACUUCCACUACCGCCCUCUAUGGGAGGAAAAGGCGAUGACGUUCUGGAACCAAACGUACCACAAGUUUAGGAGAAAAUAAUUAUAUUGUUGUUGGUUUUUUACUCUAAAUAUAUGUUUUUAAAUACUUUC